AUGAACAUCUUUCUCAGUGCUCCCCUCAUCGGGGCCUUGUCGGACGUGUGGGGGCGCAAGUCUUUCCUGCUGCCAACGGUCUUCUUCACGUGCGCGCCAAUUCCGCUGAUGAAGAUCAGCCCGUGGUGGUACUUUGCAGUCAUUUCCAUGUCAGGCGUGUUCGCCGUCACCUUCUCCGUCAUCUUUGCGUACGUGGCCGACAUCACGCAGGAGCAUGAGAGGAGCACGGCGUACGGCUUGGUGUCAGCAACCUUUGCCGCCAGCCUUGUCACCAGCCCGGCCAUCGGGGCCUACCUGUCGGAGGCCUACGGCGACACCUUGGUGGUGAUCCUGGCCACCGCUAUCGCACUGUUAGACAUCUGCUUCAUCCUGGUGGCUGUGCCUGAGUCCCUGCCGGAGAAGAUGAGGCCGGCAUCGUGGGGAGCGCCUAUUUCCUGGGAACAGGCUGAUCCUUUCGCUUCUCUGCGCAAAGUGGGCCAGGACUCCACGGUGCUGCUCAUCUGUAUCACAGUGUUCCUCUCCUACCUCCCUGAGGCGGGACAAUACUCCAGCUUCUUCCUGUAUCUCAGACAGGUCAUAGGCUUCUCAUUGGCGACAGUGGCAGCCUUUAUUGCCGUGGUGGGAAUCCUCUCCAUAUUAGCUCAGACGGUGGUUCUAGGAAUCCUGAUGCGUUCCAUCGGGAAUAAGAACACCAUCCUAUUAGGCCUUGGCUUCCAGAUCCUCCAGCUGGCCUGGUACGGCUUCGGCUCGCAGCCCUGGACUCCAAUAAAUGAAGGUCAAGCGUUACGUCUCGUCUCGACUACUCCUCAAAUCUUGUUCCCACUUGUGUUCUGUGUCAGCUGA